AUGGCCGCCAACAAUCGGGUUGUGAUCGACUACUCGGCGCCGAACAUAGCGAAGGAGAUGCACGUCGGGCACCUCAGGUCCACCAUCAUCGGCGACGCUGUGGCCCGACUCAUGGAGUUCGUGGGUAUGGAUGUGCUUCGGGUGAAUCAUGUGGGCGAUUGGGGCACACAGUUUGGUAUGCUUUUGGCGCAUCUCAUUGAGAAAUAUCCCGACUAUAAGACCAAUACUCCGCCGAUCGGAGACUUACAGGCCUUCUAUAAGGAGUCGAAGAAGCGUUUCGAUAGCGAACCCGAGUUCAAGGCUCGCGCUUAUAACACGACGGUUCGACUUCAGGCCAAAGAAUCCGAAAUGAUUACUGCGUGGCAACAGAUCUGCGAAAUCUCUCGACGAGAGUUCCGCGAAAUGUAUAAUCUGUUGGACAUAAGCCCUGAUCUCAUAGAAAGGGGUGAAUCCUUUUACCACGAAUUGAUGAUAGAAGUGGUCAAAGACUUGGAACAGAAGAAACUAUUGAUCGAAGACGAGGGCCGUAAAGUGAUGUUCUCUUCCGACCCAUCAUUACCUCCGCUGACGAUCGUUAAGUCCGACGGCGGCUUCACUUACGACACGUCAGAUAUGGCGACACUUCGGCAGCGAAUUGUAGACGAAAGGGGCGGACGUCUGAUAUAUGUGGUCGACGGCGGACAGAGUCAACACUUCCAACUCAUCUUCAAUUGUGGCACUCUUUGCGGUUAUUUGGAUCCCAAGAAAGUCCGUUGCGAUCACUUGACGUUUGGUGUUGUUCUCGGCGAAGACAAGAAGAAAUUCAAGACUCGAUCGGGAGAUACCAUACGUCUGAAGGAUUUAGUGAAAGAAGGUUUCGACAGAUCUUUAGCCAAACUGAUAGAGAAGGGAAGGGAUAAAGUGUUGACAGCGGAGGAGUUAAAGGCGGCUCAAGAAGCCGUUGCCAUCGGAUGUAUUAAAUACUCUGAUCUAAGCCACGACCGAAACCACGAAUACGUGUUCAGCUUUGACCGUAUGUUAGACGACAGGGGAAAUACAGCCGUAUAUCUGCUCUACGCUCUGACACGGAUUCGAUCCAUCAUUCGGACCGCCAAUCUGUCCGAAGACAUCACCGAAUUGGCCGCCAAAGAGUCGACACUUGACUUGAGUCACCCGAGAGAAUACAAAUUAGCGAAAUUCAUACUUCGAUUCGCGGAAGUGAUCAUUCAAAUAGCGGAUGACCUCUAUUUGCAUACUCUUUGCUCGUAUUUAUUUGAAUUAUCGGUCGUUUUCAGCGAAUUCUACGAUCAGUGCUAUUGUAUUGAGAAGAUUACGGAGAAUGACGUCCAGAAAGUGAAGGUUAAUAUCAAUCGUAUUAUUCUUUGCGAAGCGACCGCUCGUGUCAUCGAAACCGGACUUUCAUUACUCGUCCCAAAUACUCGUGCAUUGAUUGGGCUGUGGUUUGGUGUCGACGGCGGCCUUCCGUCGCAUCCGUUUCUUCUGAUUUUUACUCAGAAUUGCAUUCAACAGAUGUCCCGAACUUGUUAUACAUGUCAUAAUUGGGACAAUUGUCGUCAUCCCAGUCGUCGUUGUCUUUAUUGGAUUCAAUUGUCUGCUCUGUAUUACCAAUGGAUCCACAACUCGACUCAUGAGUUUGAGAAGUGUUCGGUCGUUGCCAUUGAUUGUCGGCUUGAGAUUCGGCGGACAUGUGUUGAUGAUUACUGGCUCUCUGAGUACACAACAGCACGCAGGCCUGUGCUGGAGUCCACACUGCGGCUGAGUGUAGACCGUGUUGAAACUAUGGCCGCAUUUGUCGGGGGUAUGCGUUCAAUGACCGCAUCGGCGGUCAACAGAUCCACACACAGACAGUCCAGACAUGUUGUCAACCAAUUCACGAGACUUAAGAGCAGUUCCAACACAACCACCGCUCAGAUGAACGCCAAUCAAAUCAGUCAGACAUCACUAUCGGAACCAUUAGCGGGUCUGUGUCUGACCACAACUUGCGGUUUCGCGAAACCAUUGUUCGCCACAAUGACUAACGAAGACAAUGAGACAAAGGUUAGCACUUUGAGGAAUGGUCUUCGGGUGGCCUCACAGAACAAGUUCGGACAGUUCUGUACCGUUGGUGUAGUCAUAGACUCGGGCUCUCGCUAUGAGGUGUCGUAUCCGUCGGGUAUUUCGCACUUCUUGGAGAAGUUGGCCUUCAAUUCGACCGUUGAGUUCAAAGAUAGGGAUCAGAUUAUGCGAGGCUUAGAGAAGUACGGAGGCAUUUGCGACUGUCAGGGAUCCAGAGAUACACUCAUAUACGCCGCGUCUCUCGACUCCAGAGGUCUCUCCUCUGUUAUCCACUUAUUAUCGGAAGUGGUUUUAAGACCUCAUAUAACCAAAGAGGAGAUAGCGUUCGCCAAACAGAUAAUUGAGUUUGAAUUGGAGGACAUGAACCUGAGACCAGAUCCCGAGCCCAUUCUCUUUGAACUGAUCCAUUCGGCCGCCUAUCGUAGCAAUACAUUAGGUUUACCCAAGUUUUGUCCGCCGGAAUCAUUACCACUCAUCGAUCGUCAGGCGAUAUUUAAUUAUAUAAAGACUUAUCACAUCCCGAAACGGAUGGUCUUAGCGGGUGUUGGUGUGGAUCACGAAAAACUGGUCCAAUUGGCCGAACAGUAUUUUGUCGAAAAGACCCCCAUUUGGACUCAAGACUCAAGUGAGCAUAGAUUACACUCAAAUCCCGGCUGCGGAUAUGGUCUUAACCAAGUCUUCGUGUUGGGUUUGGAAAGUUUUAGCCAUCAAGACAUGGAUGACUUUAUACCGGUUUGUGUGCUCAAUAUGCUGAUGGGCGGCGGCGGCUCUUUCUCGGCCGGUGGGCCCGGAAAGGGAAUGUAUACCCGUCUCUAUACCAAUGUCUUAAAUCGUUACCAUUGGAUGUAUAGCGCGACCGCUUAUAAUCACGCGUACAGCGACUCCGGCAUGUUUUGCAUCCACGCGUCGUCCCAUCCCUCGCAACUCCGGGAUAUGAUUAAUGUUGUUAUCGGCGAAACAAUAAACAUGAGUCGAGGCACUAAUGAUGUGGAGCUAAAACGGGCCAAAACGCAACUCAAGUCAAUGUUGUUAAUGAAUUUAGAGGCCAGACCUGUCAUGUUUGAGGACAUUGGGCGCCAAGUGUUGGCCACCAAACGAAAAAGAAAGUUAAACAACAUUGACGUCAAAUCCCAGGGGACUGUAGUGUAUGUGUUGUUGAAUGGCAUAGGAAAGAGACACAUACAAGUGCUUUCGCAGCAUUGGUAUUUCAAGUGA